AUGUCCCAUUUGAACCCACCUCAUUUGGACCUGAAGACUUCGUCGCCAUUUCAAACUUCCGGUGCCGGUGGUGGUCCUCCUUCACCUUCCUUGUCGACAACUUCUUUCAUGUCCUCAGUAUCAUGGAUGGCUGAAAAGUCGAGCAAUGAAUUGAUUCCUAUGCUGAAGAAUGCCUAUUCUGCUCUUAAAGAUAAGGAGAAAGAUUUAAUGUUGGCAGCUGAAAUUGGCAAAUCUCUCUUGGAGAACAAUAUCCGUUUAAAGACAAGUUACGAGGAUCUCCUGCAACAGACUCAGCGAUCAUGCACUGCUCCGCUUCCAACACCGUCUUCGUCACUUGCCACCCAACAAUAUCCCGACAAUGACGACGAUCAUCAGCUACAACAAGAAGAUAGUGAGGAAUACGAUGAUGACGAUGAUGAUGAUGAAAUGCGCUUUGUACCCUCGCAUCGUACACGUGAAGCCAUGAUUGAAGUCCUUGAACGUAAAAAUGUGGAAUUGGCCAAACGAUUGGAAACGGUGAUGGCUGAAAAAGAGACGGCUGACAAGAACAAUCAAAAGCACACACGCAAAUUGGAAUCUGAAAUCGAUGCUCUCAAGAGCAACUUGGAGAUUGCCAGCACCAAAAUACAGGAAUUGGAGGAGAUGAAUGAACGACAACGUCGAAUGGAUCGUCUCAAGGAACAACGUCGCUUACCAGAAGAGGAUCAAGAACAACAACAAAUCAUGGAUGAUCUCUUGACCAAGAUUGAUGAAUUGCAAGUGGAGAACAACACUGUCUUGUCAUCCAAAGCCCAGUUGGAAUCCAAGCUUGCUGAAACGUUACGUGAUCUUAGCCAACUCAAGCAUCAAUUUGAGCAAUUCCAAUUCACCCAAAAGGAUUAUGAAACUUUGCAAGAAGCUUACGAGCGACAAUUCCGCCAUAUCGCUGAACUGAAUGCGAGUGUUGAGGAACAUCGUACCGUAUUACAAAAGCUGAAGGAUCGUGGCGUCAGCGUUCAUUCAACGCCUGCACCCAGUGUGUGUGGUGGUGCAAGUGUAAGCCCUAGCAACCAAGGGAUCCGCCAUACUUUGCUUGGUGAACUUGAAUCCGAAUGGCUCAAGCGACAUGUUGAAUACCUUCCAUCCGCAUUGUCAGCAGCUGCAUCAGUCACAUCGUUUGGUACAAGUAUCAAGACGUCACCUUUGAAGGAGGGAUAUGAUGUCAAUGAUGACGAGGCUAUUUCAUCCACCAUGUCCAUGGAACGCAAUGCUCUCGAAUCCGUUCUUGCCAAAGUCAGUGGUAUCGAUAGUCAUGUCCUUGAUGAAGCUCUCAGCUUUAUCAGCAAGCUUGAGGAUGAAAAUGACAAAUGCCUUGAUCUUAUCGAAUACGACGUUGAAGGCGAGGACAUGGACUUUGAUAUCUUUCCCGCUCGUGAUUUGUAUCCAGAUCCCAACACGUCCUUUGCCGUGGUUGAAAGAGUGAAGCAUGCACCAAAGACUUUUGUGGGUCGUGUACGUCGUGCCGUCUUCAUCUUCUUCAGAGCUGUUUGGCGAUGGUGCCGAUUUGCCAUGAUUCUCACCACUGCCGUCAUUAUCAGUGUUUGGAAUGGACCCGAGGGCAUGCUCUUGGAAUACUAA